AGAACCCUCACUCCAGAUUCAUUUUCGAUUCGUCCGUGACAUCAUCUUCUCCUUACACCAUGGCAAGAUUUAACCCCAGAUCGGGAAGUGAUCAGUUUCCUCGACUAAGCGCACAGAUUCAAGAAAAGUUUGUCGAGAAUCAGCAAACGAGGGAAAUUUACGAUCGCAAGAAUCGAUGGAGAGAGGAAAUUGAAGGGAUUGUGAAAUCGCUCUACCCCUCCAGUCGCCUUGUUUUGUCCGGCUCGUCCGCAAACGGCUUCGGAAGCAUUCAUAGCGACAUAGAUCUGGUGUUGUGUUUUGAGGGGGCAGCGCCGACAGGUCCUUACAUGCUGAGGAAAAUUGAGUCCCUUUUCACGAGUAACCGACGCCGCUUUCAAACAGAGGUAAUGUUGGAGGAAACUAUUGAUUAUUUUUAUUUUAUAGGUUUCGCUGUAGUUCUCCUCGUAAUUCAUUAUCUUCAAGCCGGAUGUUCCCCGCCUGUAGCACCUGCUCUACAAGAAUCCUUUCGCAGUAUCUUCCAAGCCUCAAACAGUGUUGUCAUGGAGAAGCUCACCGCUGACGUUCCUGAUCAAAUUCGUUCGUUCAAGUCUUCCAACACACAAAGUCUCGGUGAGCUGUUAGUCGGCUUUUUCCAGUACUUUUCCUCGUUCGACUGGGGCAGAACCAUGUCCAUACGUACAGGAAGUACUCGCGCCACUGCGACCUACGACAAGAUAUGGCGGGGACCUUACAUCCGACUAGAGGAUCCCUCCGAUGGAGGAAAUGUCANCGUUUAUCCGUGA